AUGAAUCAAUUGAUAACAUACAAUAAUGCGAAUGAUGGUGAUACAUGUCGACGUUAUACAGGUUUUCCACUUAAUUCAACAUUGGUUAGUUCUUAUACACCAGAUACAAUUCGUACUAUUAUUACUCAUGCUAUAACUGGAAAACCUUAUACAACGUCUGUUUGGAUUCGUAUUAAUAGUGUUGGAAUUCAAAUUAGCGCACAAGAUCCUCAAAUAGCUCGAACACGUAUACCUGUUUUUAUUCCAAUUGGACUUGCUCAUGAUAUAUUUAUGCAACCAAAUAUAAGUAAUGUUAUUUGUAUUGUUUAUGAUGAAGUUAAAUCAACUAUGAAAGGUGUUCUCUUAUAUGUUGUACAUCCAACAGAUGCACAUUUAUUACGUGAUGAUUUUCGUAUAGCUAAACAAUUGUCAUAUUCAAAAGGUAUUGAAAAUCAAAUUAUUAUUGAUAAACAUAUUCCAGAAAAUAAUCGAUUAUUUUCUCCAACAUCUCAAAAACAAAUAAAUGAAAUUUAUCUUAAUGCUAAAAUUAAUCGACAACAAUCACCAAGACGAAUUUUAUAUGUUCGUGAUAAUGAUAUAGGUCUAAAUAGAGAUUAUACACCAACAGCAAUUCCAAUAUCAUUACCACAACUUAGUUAUGCACCAUUCAAAGGUAGUUAUCACAGUAGUCGAGAAAAUAGUCGUAAUCGACGUAAUAAAAGUCCAAAAAAAAAUAAAACAGGAUUUUCAUCAAAUAAACCAUCAAAUGAUAGUGGAAGUAAAAAUCGACGAAUAUAUCGAUCACGAUCACCUCAAACACAGGUCGAAUCACAAUUACCUGAUACUAGUGACAGUCCUGAAUUAAAACAAGAGCAGUCGAAUCAAGAACAAGAGCAAGAACAAGAACAACAACAGCCACAGCAACAACAACAACAACAACAACAGCAAAUGACCGCAUGGCAAACUGCUCAACAAAUGCCUAUGAUUCCAAUGGGAGUUUAUCAACGUUAUGUUCCUAAAGUCAUUCCAUUGGCGACAGGUGAAACAAUUAAAACAACAAUUCCACCUUCAAAUAAUAAUGGCUUAGUUAUUGCUCAUAUUGAACCACAACAAAAUGAAAAUGUUAAAGAUUCAAUACGUUCAACAUCACGCUCACGUUCUGUUUCAUUGAAACGUCAAGAUUCACAGCAACAAUAUCGUCCAUUAAGUGCUCAUAAUGCUGAUGCAUCAGCUACUCUUAUACAAUCUGCUCAUCAUCAUCAUCAUCAUCAUCGACGUCAUCAAAUAAAUGAUGUUAAAUAUUCAUUAUCAAAACCUGAUUCAAAUAUGUACAAUACAAUAUCACAUUCAUUUCGAACACGUGCAAAUUAUAUAUCAAGAACAAAUAAUGCUAAUAAUAAUCAUUAUCAUACUGAUGAUGAAAAUCAAACAAAACAAUAUUUAAAACAAUUAAUUGAUGAUAUGCAUACAAUGAAAUUAGAAAUGAGUAAAAUUCGUUUAGCAUCAUCAUCAAUGGGUACAACAAAAGGACGUUCUGAUUCAUUACGAAUUAAUUUAACAGAAUUACGUAAUGAUAUUGAUGCUAUUUGUGCACGAAUGGCAAUGACAUCAAAAAUUUCUAAACAAUAA